AUGAAGCUCGGCCAGGACGAUGAGUAUGAUGGGAUGGAAAAAACUUUGAAAAAUGAACCCCAAUUUGCGGACCAAUCCAAAAUUUUAAAAGCUAGAAUCGCACUUUUGUCUACAGCAAUUGGAGGGCCGGACCACAGUUCUGAUGCCGACCCACCUCCAUAUAAGAUUGGUGAUGAUUGCCUUGCAUGUUUGAAAGAUCUCAAGCGGUGGUUCAAAUUGGUCGAUGAACGCCAAUCAAGAUGGGAUGUAGCAGCAGCAGCAGCGCAAUAUAACAUUCUGACGGAUGAUCUGCUACCAAUCUUGAUUAGCUGGGAAAACGCGUACUCAGCAGCAGCUAAAAGGGUCAGGAAAAGUGGUGGGAAAAUAGAGGAGUACAUCAAGAACAAGGAAUAUCAUGAUAGAAUAGCACUUAACGCGCUGCAAUUAAUGGUACUCAUGACUUGGCCUUUGAUUCUCACUGAUCAAUCGACGCAUAAUCAGGUAGAACACUAUUCAAGUCUAAAAAAAAGCCAAGUCAUCUAUAAGAACGCUAUUUUGAGUGUUGAGAACGGUAAAGUGCUAAAAGCUGCGGUAAGGUUAGCAGUAGAGGUAAUAAAAAUUGAGAAACGGAUGCGAAGUGCGAAAGACAAUGUGGUUUUGAGACUUGUUUUGAAUUUUCUCCGAAAUGUGGCCGCUAUUGAGCCCAGUGAUCUAACCUUGAGCAAUAAAAAAAAGACUGCGUCUAAGGGCAUCAACGCUACCGAUAUGUUGCCGCCAAACGUAUCUAAAAACGACAUUUCCCUGGCUGCCGUUAUUGAGGCUUUCAAUCGUAACAAAGUUCUCGGUCUACUGCUCACAUUUUCAAAUUCCAUCAACCAAGAAUUCGAUGCAGCCUUCAUUAAUGUGCCAUUACUCGAGCUCAUGUUUUUUCUGGUCAAAAAUGUAAAUCAUUCGGUACUGUAUCGCAAGAAAUCAGUAGAAAGUCAUACGAAUAAAAGUGUUGCAAAUAAGGAGCAUGGACUUGGUGGCUCAGAUCUUUCAGGCCUGUUACAGAAAGAGCACGAAAUGAAAAAGAAUGUUAUCCGUAAUACUUCAACGCGCCACUCUAAUUUUGGUACCAUGCUUUCGAUUCAAACAUCAGACCAUCGUCGACUGACAGUAUCUGGCGGCCAGAACUUAUUGAAUAGCGAUUACGCUCUGAAGAAACUUGACUCACGCAAAAAAUGGAAUAAAAGAAUACUGACAGCAAAUGAAUCAGUGGAAGGAUUACCUAGCAAUUUUUUGAGCUCUGAUGAAGAAACCGUUUACUGGAAUCAAUCAACUGGUUUAACUUUCCGCAAAUUUAUCGAAGAAUUCAUAAGAUCCGGAUUCAACUCUGUAGUGAGCAGCGUGACCGAUUACUUUACUACGGAAGAUGACAAAAUGGUACUUGUUCACCAAAUUGAGUACCUGUUAUUUUAUUCAUGGUUUUUGAAGUACAGCAGAAUUGCGAAACAGAAUAAUGACGAAACUGACAUUAGUUCUAUAUCUUUCGCUCUACGCGACACGGCCUUAAUUCUCGUGGGACAACUUUUACGGAAGGGCAUGGAAAGUAAAGUCUGGGCGGUUGUUCAUGCCGGAAUGAUAGUUUAUACAGAGUUGAUUUCGUUAAUUGAGAGUAUGGGCCAGAACGAGUUUGAAAUAGAGGCCAAAGAACAAGUUGAGUACCAACUUUUUCAGGAAGAGCGCUUGAAAUUGUUUUCAAGCAUUCCUAGAACAGCAAGCAAUCAUUCUCUUUCUUACGUUCGAGGCUGUGUCAAUCUAGUGCAUGCAUUAUUCAAAGUUGUGGAAAGAACAAGUGAACGACAAGAGAAACAGUCACAAAUGUCAGCAACAGAAAAUGAUGCUAGUGUUGUCCUCGAGCAAGCAAAAAAUUUGGCUGAAGAGGAAGGGGUCGAGCUUGAAGAAGCCCUUGAGCUGCUCGAAAGCAACACAGAAAGAACCAGAGUAAACUUCAAAAAAUUGCAAAGAUCUUUUGCCAACGACAAUACAAUCAAAACAUAUAUCAGCUACCUCGAGAACUUUAAAGAGCUGACUGAUGAAGACAUAAAAAAGUGCAUUCAAUUUCUUUACCGAAUGUUCGUAUCGGCCGAAGAAGAGUCCUUACUGUAUCGAAUAGACUUCAUGAUUUUACUGAAGGACAUGCUAAGCCCAACUGGUUUGCCCACCAUAUCAAGAGCACGAAAACACGUUACAAAGUUUGCAGCUAUCUUCACAUCCAAAUUGAAAGUACGGCUAACGAAGUCCCCGUCGUGGUUUGUGGGGAUACUUUUUCCUGUUAUACAUGAUAGAGAGACAGGACACUAUCAAAAGUAUGCUGAAGAACUGUCCUUUAACAUCGAUCGCGUUGCGACGCCAUCUGUUUUCAAGCCUACGGAAGAACUCAUGGGAAUGAGCCCUUCUACCACCCUUGAUUUCAAGUUCGGAAUAUUGGUAUCAACACUCAUUGAUAGAGAAAAGCAGAAUAGUGUUGAGGCCUUACUUGAUAACCUACAGCGUUCGUGUGCGAUCAUGAAAACAUGGCUGCUUGACGAAGCUCUGAGGGGAGAAAUGGAUAGCAGCACGACUGGGCGUGAGCAGUUUGAGACCACAUCAUCAUCUGUUCGUAAAGACCUUCACAGAGACUCGGAUUUCAGAGCUCUUCUCAAACUAUGCAGCUAUCAACUUUCCAGGUUCGAAAACGAAAGCUGCUUUCUUUCAACCUCUUGUCGAAUUCCUGACGUGGAGACAUUUAUUGACCUUAUCAUGAAGUAUCUGAAUAAUCCAUUUGAUACGCCCAACGGUGAGCCAUCUUCCUCUUAUUUGCAUAGACCGGGAGAUGAAGGCCUUGCAACGAGUGAUGUUUCGCGCGAAAUGGGUGAGCGAGCGGCAGAUGCAGAGGAAGUGAGUGAAGAAGAAAACGAAUAUUUUCAAUCUCUGACCAAAGACUCGUCCACCAAGGGUAUCGAUCUCAAUGAUUCCUCGAGGGGCAUUGCCACAAAAAAGAAAAGCAGCGUGCGUAAGCGACAAACCCAACGGGCUGGGGUCAAAGGAGUAUCAAAAAUUAAAGAAAAAGACCCCAGCAGUGCUGUUGACGAUUUUAGACAGAGGGAGGUUACAAGCGCCGAAAUAAUCAGUGACUCUGAUGAUUCUGAUGACGAAUUUGCACAUGCCACAUUUUACGAGAACGAGAUGUUUAUGCGUUUCCUACUCGACAAAUACCACGGUUCUCUUCCUCAACACAAGUUUGUGCAGUUUGCGGCCUUCGCACAAGAAAGAAUCAACAAUGCUGGAAAAAUUGUCAAUGAUUACACGGCUCUUUUCGACGGGCCCGUGCCUAGCCCAUCGUCGUUGACAGCAACUGAAGCACCCGGCGGCAAAUCCUUAGCACCCAAGCUAGCACAAAUCAUGGAGAAUCAAAUUGAAGACCACAUUGAUCAUCGCAACUCACCUGACGAUCCUGAGUUAGACAAACCAGAAUCCACAGAAUCGGAAAUUUUAAACGCCAAUACUACCAACACGACCACUGAUAAGAAGCUCACGGAAGAAAAUGAUGUCGCCAUCAUUCCCAAAUACAAACGGCGGAGGACGAUAAGGAUGGACGAAGAAGACGAAGAAUAG